AUGGGUUCAUUACGCAAUGGCAACAUCGGCAGUGCAAAAGCCUGCUCACCACUUGCUGGUGCAAAGCGUCUCCGCGAAUUACUAAAAGACCCCUCUAAUGUGAUCGUAUGCCCCGGUGUGUUUGAUGGCUUAACGGCCCGCUUGGCUCUCGCGGCCGGAUUCGAUGCGCUGUACAUGACCGGAGCAGGGACAUCGAUGUCUCGACUGGGCUGGGCAGAUCUAGGCAUGGCGACAUUGAACGACAUGCAAAGUAAUGCUGAGAUGAUCGCGUCGCUGAAUCCCACCGUUCCCUUAAUUGCAGAUGCAGAUACGGGAUACGGAGGUCCUAUUAUGGUGACGAGGACGGUCACGCAGUAUGCGCGUGCUGGUGUUGCAGCGUUGCAUAUUGAAGAUCAGGUACAAGAAAAGAGAUGCGGCCAUCUUUUAGGCAAACAAAUUGUCGACCGGGAAGUGUAUUACAGCCGUCUACGCGCCGCGGUCAUGGCACGCGAUCAAUUACAGUCGGACAUAGUACUGAUUGCCCGCACGGACGCGCGGCAGACGUACGGCUUCAAUGAAGCCAUUGAACGCCUCCAGGAAGCCGUCAGGAUAGGCAUCGAUGUCGUCUUCCUCGAGGCUCUGCAGAGCAAAGAGGAAAUGGAACGCGUAUGUCAGAUCAUGGGCGACACGCCGGUGCUGCUGAACAACGUCCCAGGCGGCGUGACGCCUGAACUCAGUGUCGACGAGGCACGAAAGCUCGGGUUCCGAGUCAUUAUUUACCCAGGCCUGUGCAUUGGGCCGGUUAUCAAUGGUGUGACGAAAGAGUUGAAGAUGUUGCAGAACACGGGCAAGGCAUCGCCUGUUGAUGCGACAGCGAACGUUAAGCAGGCUUUCAAUCUGUGUGGCUUGCAGGAGUGUAUUGAGAUUGAUAGGAUGGCGGGAGGGUCAGCGUAUGCUUCGGUGGGAAAGUAG